AUGAUUUUGCGCUCCCUGGCCGGGGGCACCUUGGCGACCAGAGCCCUCGCUCCGCACCCAUCUUGGUCUGUGGAAGGGCGGCGGGCAGGGACGGAGACGGCCGCGACCAGACAAUGUCCUGCAUUCACGGCGGCCUCGGCCAAUCACAGCCCGGCGCCUCCCGGCCCCGCGCGGCGCCACCGGCCACGGCUCGGGCCCGAGAAAACCCGGCCUCUGGGCGGCCAUCUGCGGCCAUCCCGGGGCAGGGCGCGCGGAGCUCCAACUGCACCCCGCCCGGAGGAGGGGGCCCGUGGUGCGGGCGCCGCGGCACCUCCUCGGGACAUGGGUCGCGCAUGGAGGGCAGGAUGCGCCGCCCAUUCCGGACGAACACGGCGCGGUCCCUUUAAGACGAGCCUCCUCCCGGGGCCGAGAGGAGCGUCUUGCGGCCCCGCCGCGGGGGGCAGCGACAUCCGGGCUACCGGGCUGGCGACGACGACGGCCCCUCGGGCAGCUCCCAGUCCCUGCGGGACGCCCGACUGGCCGCGGCUAGGGAGCGCGGCCGGGGCAAGGUCGUCAGGUUGUCGCUCCUGCCACGCUCUGACUUCCUCUGUACGGGCCACCAGCGUCCUCCACCUGGACUGUCGUGGUUUUGUGCUCACUAGUCUUUCGGCCUCGGGCUUUGCCCCUCCCCCAUCUCGACAUUGCCACCGGAGAGCGGGAUCUUUGCCACCGGCCACUCCUCCCACCGUUCCCCGAGGUCCAGCCUACUUGAAUUGCUUUCAGUUCUCCGAGGCAGGAGAAUCCACCUAGCUUCUGCAAUACUUCCAGGUCUCCUGCUUUCUGAAGACGUGGCUUCCCUCCCUUCCCUCACCUAGCUCAAAGUGAAGGACCAGUUUGCAUCCCUACGUCCACCGUGCACCCAGAAACCUACGCUGCUGUUGCCUGUUGUGCCGCCGGAGUGUUACAUCCCACAGCAGCUCUUCCUGCCUCCUGCUCACCAUUGUUCCCAAUUCCCAGGAUGGUCCUGGGCAGUACUGGUUGGAGCCCAGUAACCCUUUAAAUUCUUAAAUACAGAGUGAUCGGCUCAGGAAAACAAAAAUCAGGGUAGCCUUAGGUAUACAUUUAUUUUAUAUUGCUGUGUUUUUCAGUUUUGAAUGCCCCUCUCUCAGUAAGUUUCUCUAUGAAGCAUAACUUUUUUAAAAAAAUGAUAUAAUAAAUUUUACUUAAACCA